UUUUUUUGCCGCCGCCGUGUGCCGGCGCGGGGCUGGCUUCUCCUUUUGAGCGUCUCCAUCCCCCGGCGGAGGUUAUGAUGGUGCAUUGUGCGGGCUGCGAGAGGCCGAUUUUGGACCGGUUCCUAUUGAACGUCUUGGACAGGGCAUGGCACAUCAAAUGCGUCCAGUGCUGCGAGUGCAAGUGCAACCUGACCGAGAAAUGCUUCUCCAGGGAAGGGAAACUCUACUGCAAAAAUGACUUUUUCAGGAGGUUUGGUACCAAAUGCGCCGGCUGCUCCCAAGGGAUCUCUCCCAGCGACCUCGUCCGGAAAGCCCGGAAUAAAGUCUUUCACCUGAACUGUUUCACCUGCAUGGUCUGCAACAAGCAGCUCUCCACGGGCGAGGAACUCUAUAUCAUCGACGAAAACAAAUUUGUUUGCAAAGAGGAUUAUUUGAACUCUCCCAGUUUGAAGGAAGGCAGCCUCAACUCAGGUACGAGCUGCUCAGCCCGCCCACCGCUCCGUCGGUUCCUCCCGGCCGGGCAGGAGGUUCGGAUUUGGG